AUGGAUCGCUACCGACGUGCCUUCAAGUUCUCCUCCCCUUCCCUCGCGCAUUCCGUCAACUACCUAGCGUUUUCCAACGACGGGAGCCUUCUUGCGGUCUGCUCCGACGAUCAUGUCAUCCACAUCAUAUCAACCGAGUCCAAAGGAAAGAUCUUCGAGGUGGUCAAGACCCACGGCGGACCCAUGGCUGCAGCUGUCUGGUUUUCAGAUGGGCGAGGUGGUCAUUGGCUAGCGACGGGAGGCCAUUAUGGUUUCGUACGUCUGCUAUAUGUGAAACUUGAGGGAAAUAAGCUGUCUGUUAACGACGAUACCGCCCCGCUGACUCUAGGGGAUGACGAGAUUGUUGACUUGGUCUCAGACCCGUCAAAUCACCAUAUUGCUGCCGUCGGACUUCAUCGACUGUUCGUCCUCGCGAUCGAACCUGCCGCUCAAGCGCCUCUCAAACUCCUGGAAACAUACCCGCCACACGAUCAGCCGAAGGAGUCGUCCAGACUAUCUGGCGCUGCGUUCUGUGACGCCGGUAACACACUAGUCGUCGCCCACCUCGACGCUCGCAUCUUGUGCGCGUCUCCUCUGAUCCUCCUCCACGCUCACGUCCCUGACCCGUAA